CCGGCGGAAGCAGCGUUCUGGAGCCGCGGUCCGGAGCUUGGCUACUCGGAGGAGAGGAGAGCGUUCUCAGCUGGUGUUGAUGUUGAAUAGCUCUUAUGACCAUAUUAAAAUGGCUGUACCCAGAGACGCCAUCCCUUCCUUGUCGGAAUGUCAGUGCCAGAUCUGUGUGGAAAUCUUAAUCGAGCCCAUAACCCUCCCUUGUAACCACACGCUCUGUAGUCCGUGCUUCCAGUCGACUGUCGAAAAGGCAAAUCUAUGCUGUCCCUUCUGUCGUCGCCGGGUCUCUUCGUGGGCUCGGUACCAUACCCGAAAAAAUUCCCUUGUCAACAUGGAACUGUGGGAAAUAAUUCAAAAACACUAUCCGAAGGAAUGCAAGCUUAGAGCCUCUGGGCAAGAAACGGAGGAAAUCGCUGAUGAUUAUCAACCAGUUCAUCAAUUAAGUAAACCUGGGGAAUUGAGAAGAGAAUAUGAAGAGGAGAUAAGCAAGGUAGAGGCAGAGCGACGAGCCAGUGAGGAGGAAGAAAACAAAGCCAGUGAAGAAUACAUACAGAGAUUAUUGGCAGAGGAGGAAGAAGAAGAAAAAAGACAGGCAGAAAAAAGGCGAAGAGAAAUGGAAGAACAAGUGAAAAGUGAUGAAGAACUGGCAAGAAAGCUAAGCAUUAAUAUUUUUGCAGAGUAUUUGUCACCUAAAUCUCAAUCUGGGUCAUCGUCACAGUCUGAAGUUGUACAAAACAUCAGGAAAGACUCCAUAUCUAAGGAAACUGACAGUAGUGAUGUGAAGAGUCUUUUGUGGCAAGACACGGAAAUUAAAGAAGUUAUGCCAGCACUUUCUCCACAAAUAUGCCAAGAAAUUCAAGAACAAGAUAUAAAGUCUUCGGUAGAGUCACCUAUGCCAUGGUUAUAUACUUAUGGUGCAGAAUGGUGCCUUGAAGAAAAAGUCAAAACAAGAUCAAACAAUCAUGAUAAAGAGUUAUGUGUCAUAAAUCAUGAGGGACCUAAAAUAAGAGUUCCCGACUCUAGAGAGGUUGCAGUUAAGCCUUGUGGCAAAACAGAGAGUGGGUAUACUAUAUCAGAUAUGACACAGAUAAUUGGAAAGAAUACAGUUGAGCCAGAAAAUGAAGAGUCUUGCCUACUGAUCAGUAAAGAUACUUCCAAAAGAAAAAACCAGGAAUCGUCAUUUGAAGCAGUAAGGGAUCCAUGCUUUUCUGCAAAAAAAAGUAAGAUGUUCCCCAAAUCUUCCUCAGAUCAAGAGGAAACAGAAGUAAACUUUACCCAAAGACUGAUAGAUAUGGAGCAUCUGCUUUUUGAGAGACAUAAACAAGAGGAGGAAGACAGGUUAUUAGCAUUACAACUUCAGAAAGAGGUGGAUAAAGAACAAAUGAAGCUAAACUGGCAAAAAGGAUCCCCACAUGAGUAUCAGUUACGUGCUACAUCCUCACCUCCAGACAAAUUGCUAAAUGGACAGAGGAAGAAUUCCAAGGAUAGGAACUUCAAAGGGCGAGCUGAUAUAGGGCAUUCAAAAGCACAGAGAGGCUCAAAAGAUGAAAAUUGGCAACCUUUUAAGAUCCAGUUGAAGCAUUCUGUUAAUGGAAGAAAGAUGCCAAAUUCUACUAGAAAUAAUUGUAAUGUAUCUAAAAGUGCUCAUUCCCUACAACCUAGUAAUUUACAGAAAAGUAUUUUUCAAACGUUUCAGAGAUGCACAAAGUAAUGCACGGGAAAAGGGAGUGUUUUAUAAUCUGGUAAAGCUAGAUUGUGAAGCCCUCUUUCUAUCAUAGAAUAUAAAUUUAUCAUUAAUUGUGCUCUGUAGGCACACUCAUUGUCUUUAAUUGAAGGACUGUGUGAUUGCAAGGGAAGAAUAUAUAAAUGUGUUUCUGCAAAGCUCAGUGAUAAGCAAGGGUCUGUAUCUUUUCCAUUGUUAAUAACUGUGAUGUACUAAGUUUGACAGACCUUGUGGAUAUCAGAAAUGCCUUGGCCAACACCAAGAAACCUUCAAGUGCCAUUCU